UUUUUUGCCCUCGUGAAGCAGGUCUAGAGUGGAUAUUUAUUAACGUUAAAAUAAAUGAAACCUGUAAAACAAGUGCUGCCCUACAGCUUAAGCCGUAUCUGCAGAACUGGGUGUUUAGGGUCAGAGUAAGGUGGAAUUUUAAUCUGAUUCCAGGAAACAAACCUGAUUAACCCAUCAAUUUACCUCCUUGCUGCUGUUUGGCAUUCUCACAGUGAACAUCUUUCCACCAUAGAAAAAGACACCAACGGAGAUGCUUUGUGGGUUUGGUGUUAUCCGUCCGUAACAGCUGAACUGAGGAGUCUGUUGCUGCGAAAAUGCUGCCUUACAGAUGAAAAUAAACUGCUUCACACGUUUGUGUUUGGCCAGUAUAAAAAGUCAUGGUUCUACAUCACAACUGUGGAAGUUCAAGAUUCUCCAGCUUUGAAAAAGGUGACCCACUUCUCCAUUGUUCUGACGGCCAAAGACUUCAACCCAGAGAAAUACGCAGCAUUCACUAGGAUACUGUGUAGAAUCUACUUGAAGCAUGGAAGUCCAGUUAAAAUGAUGGAGAGUUACAUUGCAGUCCUUACAAAGGGCAUCUGCCAAAGUGAAGAGAAUGGGUCUUUCCUCAGCAAGGAUUUUGAUGCCCGGAAGGCUUAUCUUGCUGGUUCCAUCAAAGAUAUAGUAUCCCAGUUUGGAAUGGAAACUGUUAUCCUAUAUACAGCACUGAUGUUAAAGAAGAGAAUUGUAGUGUACCAUCCCAGAAUAGAAGCUAUCCAGGAGUUCACCAGGACUUUGCCUGCUUUAGUGUGGCAUCGACAAGACUGGUCAAUUCUUCAUUCGUAUGUGCAUCUAAAUGAGGAGGAAGUGGAAGCCUUAAAAGCCUGCACAGGUUACAUUGCUGGAUUUACAGAUUCUGAAGUGAGCAGCAGACCAGACCUCUAUGACGUGUAUGUGAACUUGGCAGACAGCGAGAUCACUAUUUCCCCUGUAGUAAAAGAGGCAAUGACAAUGGGAAAACUUCACAAAGAAAUUGGACAACUAAUUGUUCAAUCUGCAGAAGAUCCAGAUAAAUCAGACAGCCAAGUCAUUAAGGAUAUUUCUCUGAAGACAAAAGAAAUCUUGGCUACUUUAGCCUCGCUGACUGAAGUUUCCGAUGGCAAUGAAAAACCAACCCUUAACUCUGAAGCCCUGAAACAAAAGCGGUUUCCACCAGCUACAGAAAACUUCCUUUUUCAUUUAGCAGCUGCUGAACAAAUGCUCAAAAUCUGAUUUUGAUGCACUGCAGUGUUGCGGACCAAUUGAAAAAUACUGUCUUUGCCAUACAGCUAGGAAUACCUGAUAUUUUAUAUGGAAAAAUUAAAGGUUUAAGAGUGAAUGUCAGAUUUA